GAGCGACUUCGCAGGGUUCUCGCUACAGCCUGGCGAUGCAGGUCGAAGCCUGUUUGGGCAGAGGAUUCAGAGGAGCCUGAGUCCAAUGCGGUCAGAGAAACCGCAGAGAGAAACAGAAAGUCUGUACGCAUGAAACCAUCACCCCACCCGCCGCACGCCCGCCACUCCACCCUCCGGCCGGCCGGCCGGCCGUCUGCCCCAGAGGCCAAGCCCCGGCAGCAGGGCGCGCGCGGGCGGAGGGCGGGCGGUUCCGGGACCCGGCCGGGGUCGGGAGCCGGGGCGGCGCUGAGGGGCGGACGGGCGGAGGGGGCGGGCAGCCCGGGGCCGGGCCCGAGCGGAAAGCGGCGAGGAGACGGGGCGCGGGAAAAGGCGAGGGCUCGCGGCGGCCGGGUAGCCCGCAAUACGCGCGAGGGGUGCGGCGGGGGGCGGUUCCGCGCCGGGGCCCGCCACUGGCCGCCCAGAGCUCCGCCAGCCGGCCGAGCUCCCGGAGAGGCGGAGCGGCGGCGCCAGGACCCGGCGGAGCGGGCGCAGCGGAAGCUCGGCGGCCGGAGCGGCUGGCGGCGGGCUUGCGGGCGGCGCGCAGGCACCAUGACUCCCACGAGGACCCAGCACUCGUUGGCGGGGCAGACUUAUGCAGUGCCCCUCAUCCAGCCAGACCUACGGCGGGAGGAGGCCAUCCAGCAGGUGGCGGAUGCCCUGCAGUACCUACAGAAGGUCUCUGGAGACAUCUUUAGCAGGAUCUCUCAGCGAGUAGAGCUCAGCCGGAAGCAGCUACAGGCCAUUGGAGAGAGGGUCUCCUUGGCCCAGGCCAAGAUUGAGAAGAUCAAGGGCAGCAAGAAGGCAAUCAAGGUGUUCUCCAGUGCCAAGUACCCAGCGCCAGAGCGCCUACAGGAGUAUGGCUCCAUCUUCACGGGUGCCCAGGACCCUGGCCUGCAGAGACGCCCCCGCCACAGGAUCCAGAGCAAGCACCGCCCCCUGGACGAGUGGGCCCUACAGGAGAAGCUGAAAUACUUCCCCGUGUGUGUGAACACCAAGCCAGAGCCUGAGGACGAGGCCGAGGAGGGCCUCGGGGGCCUUCCCAGCAACAUCAGCUCCGUCAGCUCCUUGCUGUUGUUCAACACUACUGAGAACCUGUACAAAAAGUAUGUCUUCCUGGACCCCCUGGCUGGUGCUGUAACAAAGACCCACGUGAUGCUGGGGGCGGAGACAGAGGAGAAGCUGUUCGAUGCCCCUUUGUCCAUCAGCAAGAGGGAGCAGCUGGAGCAACAGGUUCCAGAGAACUACUUCUAUGUGCCCGACCUGGGCCAAGUUCCUGAGAUUGACGUGCCAUCCUACCUGCCUGACCUGCCAGGCAUCGCCGAUGACCUCAUGUACAGUGCUGACCUGGGCCCCGGCAUUGCCCCCUCCGCCCCUGGCACCAUUCCAGAGCUGCCCGCCUUCCACACAGAGGUGGCCGAGACUUUCAGGCCGGACCCAGAAGAUGGGGUGCUAACAGCACCCCCCCCGCCGCCGCCGCCGCCUCCCCCUCCCCCAGCUCCGGCUGUGCUGGUCAGCGCUCCCCCACCGCCACCCCAGCCCAUGGCCUCCCCGGGCCAAGGUGCCAGGGAGGACGACAGCAGUGGUGGGGUGUCUCCUUUAGCUACAGUCCAGGGAGCUCCCAAGGAAGUGGUGGACCCCUCCAGUGGCCGGGCCACUCUGCUGGAGUCCAUCCGCCAGGCUGGGGGCAUCGGCAAGGCCAAGCUCCGCAGCGUCAAAGAACGCAAGCUGGAGAAGAAGAAGCAGAAGGAGCAGGAGCAAGGAGACAGAGCCUCACCCAGGAGACAGACCUUCAACCCAGCUCAAACUAUAACAGAGCAUCUUCUUAGACUCUGCCAGGAGCUGUCCCAGGACAUGGGUGGGGACCUGAGCUGCUAUAGAGACUGCGGACCUGAAGGGUUAGCUCAGUCCUGCUUCUCCAAGCCUCUCGAGGCUGCAGUGAGAGCCACAAGCCAAGGUGGAGACCUGAUGUCGGAUCUCUUUAACAAGCUGGUCAUGAGGCGUAAAGGUAUCUCUGGGAAAGGACCUGCGCCAGGGGCCAGCGAGGGGCCGGGAGGAGCCUUCGCCCGAAUGUCAGACUCCAUCCCGCCCCUGCCCCCGCCACAGCAGCCACCUGGAGAGGAGGACGAUGAGGACUGGGAGUCCUAGGGGCUCAGCCCCCCCUUCCCCCCGCAGCGUGCACACGGCCGGGGCGAGCUGCCUGGCCUGGGGGGUCUCUCGGCCUCUGCUGCCCGUGGAGGACCGUCCCAGGCCUGUGCCUUCUUCAAGGAGCGCGGUGGCCAGCUUCUGAGGCCAAAUGGCUGGGAGCGGGGAGCCCUUGUGCUCUCCUCCAGCCACAGACUAAAAUAAAUACAUGAAUCAA